UGAGGGAGAUAGAGACAAUACAAAGGUGUGUUUUCGAAGAUGCUGAGUGGAAACGGAAUGGCUGGCCACUUCGGGAGGAUGAGUGCUCUCUGCUUGGAUGGGACUGAAGAUCACCUAGUUACGUCACUAGGUGCAGAUUGUGAAACUCAACCAGAGCUUGCGCCAUUGUUCAAUGACCGGGGACCAAUGGAUCUCGAUCUGAAUGAAAAACAUGUUAAGGACCACACUUCCCUAAAGUGUUGUGGAAUCAAUAGUUGCUCUUCCUGUCAAUAUGCCUAGGAUGCGCAGACCAGUGGAGUCAAGAGGACAUAAUCAAGCAAGGUGGGCAAGGAAUGGAGUACCAGAGAAGAUGAUAUUUAAUAAGAAUGGUCAACCAGUGGAACCAGCAGAUACUGUGGCAAGGUUUUCCCGUUUCUUGGGAAUAAUGGCAAAGGAAUCUUCCUUGUUCCCCAUCAAUACAAAGGAUUGGAGAGCAUUCUAUGCUAGUGGCGACAUAGAUAAUGCUUGGAUACGGAUAAGGGUAAAAUUUCAGAACCUAUUACAGUAUUUCCAUUGUCAUAUAUUACUAAGGUUAUUAACACAUACAAAUUUAGGAGCUGCUAGCUAUUUAAUCUGACAUUAUUAUGCUAGGGGACUAUGGAUUGGAGUGACCCUAUCACACUGUCGAAAGAGCUUAAGAUUAAGCAUGUAGUUGAGAUGAAGUUGAAUGAUAGGUGGAAGCAUUAUAAGGGUGAACUGAAGAAGAAAUGGUAUGCUCCAUUUAUUGGGACUGGACAAAGGUUUUCUUGUGGAGACAUGCGUGUGAAUGUGCAUCAAUGGAAAUUGCUAGUGCGACUUUGGGACCUCCCAUACAAUCAGGAACGUUCGGUCAAAGCUACAAGGAAUAGGCUAGAGGGUCAAGUGAGUCACACUUGUGGAACAAAGAGCUUUGCUCAAGUCAGAUUUGAAUUUGAGCAAGUAUAUGAUCAAGAACUUAACCGGCUUAGCUUUUUCACUCUCACCCAUACGCGACAAGAUGGAGAACCAAUUGAUACCAAGUUUGGCCAAAUCAUUGAUGAUUUUAAGGAAAAACUGAAGGAGUAUGAGGACAAAAAGGAAGAGGUCAUUGAUAUAGUUCGUAAUAAGGGGUACUUUGAGGUUCUUGGACCUGAAAAGAGGAAUAAGGUCAGAGGCUUUGGAGCAGGAGUCAAUUGGUCGGAUGUACUUGGUAUUGUGACUCAAGAAAGUCUUGUAACUAGGGAUGUGAAAGAACUAAAAGCUGCUUAUGAGGUUCAAGUAGACGCUGUGAAUCUUGCACAAUAAGAAGUUAUUAGGUUUAGGCUAGAAGCAACAGAAAGGGAAAAUAGGUGGAGUUUGGAAGCUUCAAACCUUGUUGAGAACUUGAGGAAGGAACAAGCAGAGGCAAUAAACAAGCAAAGGAAUCAAAUGGAACUGGAAAUAAUGGCGAUCAAGCGUGGGAUGAUAGACUUCAUGGCUGAGUUUAAAAACUCCAAGGGCAAUGACAAGACUAAGGAUGGAAGUCCAAUUGCUGUGUUACAAUCAUGGUUGAACAAGGUUGAUAUUGGAACUGCUGCAAGUGGUCAUUCUGAAAUAUCAAGAGAUGAAGACUAUGAGGUUAUUGAAAUGGAUAGUGACUAUGGUGCUGUCCCAAGCAUGCCACACGGCAAGCCAAACAACUAAAUAUAGAGGUACGAGCUCAGUAUGCAUUUUGGUGCUUAGUUUUGUUUUUUUGUAAAUGCUGACUGUUGGGAUGCAGAAGUGAAAAUGAUGUUUUUUGUAACUAUACUGGAUUGCUGUUGUAGAAAGGUUAAU